GGUGAGAAGCCCUUCACAUGCAACAUUUGCAGUAAGAGCUUCAGCAUCAAGUCCACCCUCACCAAGCACCACCGUGUCCAUAAUGGUGAGAAGCCCUUUGCCUGCACUGAAUGUGGGAAGAGCUUCACCCAGAAGUGCCACCUCACCCGGCACGUGCGCACCCACACUGGCGAGAAGCCCUUCACCUGCAACAUCUGCAGCAAGAGCUUCACCAGCAAGUGCACCCUGAACCAGCACACGCAGGCCCACACUGGUGAGAAGCCCUUUGCCUGCGCCAAAUGUGGCAAGAGUUUAAUCUGGAAGCUCCCCCCGACCCAGUAUUGCAGCACCCACACUGCGAAGAAGCCCUUUGUCUGUGACAACUGCAGCAAGAGUUUCAGCGACAAGUCCAACCUCAGCCAGCACCAUCACACCCACCCUGGCAAGAGACGCUAUGUCUGCGACAAGUGCGGCAAGAGCUUCAGGCGCAGCUCCACCCUUGCCCGGCACCGCCAUAUCCACGCUGGCAAAAGGCCACACGUCUGUGGGGACUGCAGCAAGAGCUUCAGGUGCAGCUUCCAACUGGCCCGGCACCGCCGCGUGCACACCGGGGAGAAGCCGUUUGUCUGUGGGGACUGCGGCAAGAGCUUCAGCCAGAGAGCCAGCCUCACGCAGCACCACCGCACCCACACUGGGGAGAAGCCGUACAGCUGCGGGGACUGUGGCAAGAGGUUCACCAGGAAGUCCAACCUCAUCCAGCACAUGCAGACCCACACCACUGACCGGCCCUUCGCCUGUGAUGUCUUCAGCAAGAGCUCCGGCCACAGCUCCCCCCACGACCAGCACAUGUGCACCCACACCGGGGACCGGCCUGUGCCGGGGACACGCACAGAUACACCGACCUCAGCGCUCUGGGGUGAACGUGGCACCCCUGGGCAGAAAUUGCCUCUCUUCCACCCAGUUUUCUCAGAGGCUGGGGGCUCCAGCAGCAGCAAAUGCCUUCCUCCCCAACUCCAAACGCCUAUUAGUGAUAAUGAGAAUAAUUACAGUGAUGAGUCAGCACAGCUGGUGCCAUCAACGAAGCUGGGCUGA